GAUGACAGGUGAAGUGACCGAACUCGACUCGCCGUCGAUUGUGGAGCUCGAUGAGGCAUUAAAGAAACAAGCAACAAUCAGCGAGACGUCGCCUAUGCGCCUGCGGAUGGAGAAGUUGAUCAAAGAACACCAGCAGAAAAUCGUGGAAGAAUUGAGCAGGAUAGAUGGGAAGCAAUUCAAAAGCGACGAGUGGACGCGCCCCAAUGGAGGCGGUGGCAUUUCCUGUGUUCUUCAGGAUGGGAAUGUCUUCGAGAAAGCUGGGGUCAACGUAUCAAUUGUAUACGGAGAGUUACCUCGUCCCGCUAUCGAGAAGAUGCGAGCUGAUCAUAAGUCCUUUGUCGGGGCCGAUGUGGAUUCGCUGAGUUUCUUUGCAGCCGGUCUCUCCUUGGUCCUGCACCCACACAAUCCUAUGGCUCCGACCGUCCAUCUGAACUACCGUUACUUCGAGACGACGGACCCCAAGGACCCAAUCAACGGUGACAAGAACUGGUGGUUUGGUGGCGGUACUGACCUGACCCCCACCUACCUUUUCCCAGAGGAUGCCAAACACUUCCAUCAAACAAUCAAGGACGCCUGUGACCGACACGACGCCACAUAUUACCCCAAGUUCAAAGCCUGGUGCGACAAGUACUUCUAUUUACCUCACCGCCGUGAGUGCAGAGGUGUUGGUGGCAUCUUCUUUGAUGACCUUGACGCCAGCUUCUUAGAGUCUUCGUCCACUUCGUCACAGAAUCCGCAAGAGACUCUCUUUUCUUUCGUGUCGGAUGGGCUUGCGUCUUUCCUCCCCUCCUAUGUGCCCAUCAUUGAGCGCAGGAAGGACAUGCCAUUCACUCCGGAACAGAAAGAGUGGCAGCAGCUUCGUCGAGGUCGCUAUGUUGAAUUCAACCUGGUUUACGACCGUGGUACCAGUUUCGGUCUUCGUACACCGAAUGCCCGAGUUGAAAGCAUCUUAAUGAGUCUUCCUCGUACAGCAAGCUGGGCCUACAUGGACCCAGUGUCCGGAACUCGCACCGAGGAGCCUGAUUCGGAAGAAGCGCUGCUAAAUCAAGGCAAGGAGCACGAGAAGGAGAUCAUGGAUGUUCUAAGACAUCCUAGACAAUGGGUCUAGGGAGAUCCGGGGGUUUUUUUUUCCAUUUCACUUUCCUGUACAUCAAGACCUGGUCCACCCUUUCUUCUGAACGACAAUCUAAUGUAUGUACGAUAUCGAGUAAAGUGAGAUCGAUAAUCGAAUUUCAUUCCCACAUGAAUGGAAUCUAUCCACAACAAUGGUGUUAUGCGGCGCACAAGGGAGUAAUUCAAUGCAAAGGUAUAACGGCUAACACGCCCCCAAGAUAUAUUGACACAUGGGACAAACGGGACGAAGAGGGCAAGUUCAACCAAAAUAUAUGAGAAGGAAAGAGGCAUGACCGAAUAUACACACAGAAAGCUCAGCUCUAUCGACCAGCGACCACGCUUCUCUGUUUGGCCAGCCAACCCUUUUGUGCAUCCGCCAGGGUACCGUGGCGGUAUCUAGACAUUGUGACAUUGUUGUUCUGCAGUCGACUCUGCAAAUCAUACCAUGAGGAGCUCAUAAGCUCAAGCUCC